UUCGUACUUUGAUCAGUAAACAUCGUACUACGCAUCGCGCUCUACAGAAUCACAGUGUUGGAAAUCGAAGCGAAAACUGUCUACAAGAGUUUACCAUUCUUGGACAUGGAGGAGUCCAAAGUAGUACUGGCAGAGGAGGUGCUGAGGCGCUUUGAGGCGCUCGAGGCGAAACUGGAAAGCACUAUGAUGGAGGUUGCAUUUUGGAGGGAAAGGGCGGUAAAGGCGGAAACGCUGUUAGCCGCCAAGAACUCCAAAAUGCAGGAGACGAUGGAGGAGAGCGCAGCCUCCACCAGUGAAAGUGAAACGGUCGAGGGACCCGCUGAGGCGACAGCUCCCUCAACUGCUGCCAAGGAGGGCAGGGGCCCGGUGACGGACUCCUCAGACGGCGAGGGCUAUCAAAGCUCAAAUCGCCGUCGAAGGAGGAAGCGAGCCAGGCCUGUGUCCUCCAGUGAGGACAACUCAAGAACGAAAACUUUGUCCACAGAGCCGGGACAAAGAAGGGACCCUCGCCAAGGAGCCCAGACUCAGACGACGAAGACUAGCCAGCCGGAAGUGGACAUCGGAAAGAAAAAGCAGGCCAAUCCUGCAGCCCAGCAGCUUGAUGCCGAGCAGCAGAACAAGCAGGCCACCCCUGCCGCCCAGCAGCAAAGUCAACGGAGGACCAAGGUGCCUCCAAUUGUUCUUCGCGAGAAGGACAAGUAUGAUGAAAUUACUCGCCGACUGAUGGACAAAAAAAUCAAUUAUGGAUGCGGAGUGACCACCAAGGAGGGAGUUAGCACUCACCCUCCUACUGCCGAAGACUACAGGCAGAUGAUUAGGGUACUGGACACGUACAAAUACCAGUACCACACCUAUCAAAUGAAGGAAGAGAAGCAGCUGAGAGUGGUGGUCAGAGGCAUCGUCGAAUCUUGGAGCGACGCCAAAAUCGGGUAGGAAUUAACAGCACUUGGAUUCCACCCAACAACGAUUGUGAGGUGGAAAAAAAUGGCCAGCCGAUAGCAGUAGUUCUGGUGCUACUGCCAAAGACCGAAAAAGCCAUUUUCGACAUAAGGUCACUUGGAAACCUGAGAGUUCGAGUUGAAUUUCAGCAUGCUAAGAGCCAGCUGACACAGUGUUUCCGGUGUCACCUCUAUGGACAUGGCCAGUCAAAAUGUACAGCCGCCGCAAAAUGCGUCAAGUGUGCGGCCGCACACGAAUCCCGGGAGUGUCCAGUUCCCAGGGAAAGGGCUGCGAGGUGCGCAAACUGCGGAGGCGCACAUCCAGCCUCCUUUUCCGGGUGCCCUGCUGAACCAACCCAAAAACAGCAGCCAAGAAAGGAACCACCAGCACGCAGGGCAUUCCCAGCUCUCGCCACAUCACAGUCAUCAGUCGGCCAAAACACCACAAACAUCAGGAGCUAUAGCAAGGCUGUACAAAGUAACCUGCCGCCCCAGCAAGCCCCCCAACGCCAACAAGGAGGCAAAAACGGCCAUGAACGGCUGGCCCGAACAAUCCAGGCCAUGCAAAAUCAAAUGCAGACAUUUAUGGCCGCCAUGCAAGCGCAAAUGAUUGCACUUAUGAGCAGUCAUGUCUAGACUGCUCAGGCCCAAGUCUCUGUGUGUCAUGUCUUGGAACUCUAAUGGAGUAAAAAACAAGAAAAUAGAGCUCCAAGACUUCCUGGACAAAUACAGUGUUGAUGUGUGCCUUAUCCAGGAAACCAUGCUAAAACCUGGAGAGAGGUUCACACUUCGCAACUAUCAGACACACAGAGCAGAUAGGCCAACUAGGGGCGGAGGCACACUAAUCGCAGUGAAAAGGUCCAUCCAGCACCACGAGAUCGUCAAACCUUCGGCAAACCUGGAGGAAUCCAUAGUGGCUGUCCAAAUGGAAAAGUCCGAGAUCAGAGUCGGGUCCGUAUACGUCAGUCCAAGCGCUACGUUGUGUCCCGAGGAUGUUCAAAGGCUUUUUUUCAAUGCCAAAAACACAAAUUGGGGAUGCAAUUUCAACAACGCCAGAGGCAACAUGCUCUCAAACGAAGCCCGCAAAAACUUGUUU